UAUCUUGAUGAUGAAAAUGAUAAAGUGUUGAUGACUUGCGACGCAGAUGUGAUGGAUGCUGUAAAGUUGGCUCGUAAAAUGGGUCAGGACCGUGUAAAACUAUUUGUACAAGAUGCCUAUGAUAAAGCAAAGGAGGAAGAGGUACAACUAACUACAAUAGCAAGUGCAGUAGAGGAGAUACCAAUUAUACGAAAAGAACAACAGACGCCAUUGCAAAAUACUGACGAAGUAGAAGAAGAAAGUUUUGCCAAAGGAAAUGCUACAGUUACCGGCAUACCUCAAGAACUAGUAUUGCCCGCUGCUAUUACCUUUUUAGGCGUCGUCAUCCUCGGCGUCUUUGCUUUCUCUCGUGUCGGCUCUAAUCGU